UGGACUUUGGAACUUUCUAGAAGGAAAAGCACAGGUGCUAUAUCUGGCACCAGUAGCCCCCAACAGCCCGCUCACAUAACAAACCACAGGACCAGGGGAGGGAGAACCAGCGAGUGGGGGAGACUCAAUUUACAAAAUGACGGAAACUGAUAGAGCUGGUCUGGGGGCCAAGGGCAAACCCAUGGCCUUCCGGUCUCAAAAAGAAAUGUUCGACAAGAUGGAGGAAUCUUUUAAAAUCUGUUCACACUGCGAGAAGCAGCCCAAUCAACUUUCAAACCCACAGAGCCUGAAGCGUUGUGGCAGAUGUCUACAUGUUUACUACUGCUGCAAAGAAUGUCAGAAGGACGACUGGCCCAAACACAAGAAGUUGUGCUCACAGCUGCGUCUCACCGCCAUUGACAGAGUUGUGGAGUGGCUUUUGUUCAAAGAAGACCUUCCAUUCCCCACAGAAAAAUGGUCAAAGCCUGAGUCAGAGGUUAAAGGCUGGGAUGACUGGCUUGCGAUGCAGGGAGAUCUCUCGGCUCGCCUCGAUCCCAUUUUAAAAGGAGCAAACAUGAAAGAAUUGUGGACCAACGCUGGCAGGCCUCAGCCUGAUGAUGAGGAACUGAAGCAGUCUCUGUGGAGGGUUUGCAGUGAGUUCUUCUCCAGACCACUGAGCAUAGCCUGGGGGAUGAGGCUGUUUGGUCUUAAGCCUUGUUCUAAACCUCUCACCAUUCACCUGGUGGGAGCAGGAAAUAGUGAGACUAUGGCAGCUAGACUGACUGACUACGAUGAGCUGAACAACAUGUUCCCUGGACACCAGGGUAUCGAGAUAGUCAUGGUGGGACCAGAGGUGGUGGACGGCCCCAUCAUGAGGCCUCCUCUCAGGGCGUUUGGCCCCAAGAAGAGGGUCUACAUCAGCGCCUACAAGGGCCUCUACCACGAAUUCUGGGAGGAACUGGUGGAGAAAGAGGAAGCAGCCAAGCCAGAUUUGGUGGUUGGAUUUCAUCCUGGAUUUGAUGCUAGUCAGGGCCUCGACCAGGGUUGGCUUCCAACACUUCUGCUCCUCAGGGAUUAUGAGAUUCCUUCACUUUUCACUACUCUCAGUGAGACAGAGAUGACGUACUCCCUGCAGAUCCUGUUGGAGCUGGAGAUGGACCUGAAGGGAAGUGGAGCCAACCCCUUUGCGUCGCUGAAACCAGAAGUGGUGGGCUCGUGUCCCAGCAAACCUCCUGUCUACUGCAACUCCCACUACUUCUGUUUUCAGGGUCUACUGGAGAGUGUGGAGUUUGAGGAACCAGAGGAGGACUGAGGGAGCAGCAGUGUGCACACACUGAUGCCCUUUCACAACAGGAACUCUGAUUCUCUUGGACUGUAAUACAUUGUUUUUAUAUGCCUUUUAAUUAAAUCAUGUAAUGAUGUCUAACAAAA